GAGCUGGCAACAGCAGUUUAAUGAGGACAGAGAGAAAGGUACAACAUAAGAUAUGAUACUUUGUCACUGUCCUCACUCAGAUCCGCAUACCUGGGAAGGGCUUGGCCCUGCUUUGCCAACCACUAUGCCUCAAACUCUGCUCUCUACCUGCGGACAGCUCUCAGAGCAGCAUUCCUGUGGCAGGAGACCCUGAAGUCUGAACCGGGGCCAUGGAGGGCUCUGUGCUGAGCCCCACAUCCUGGGAGAAGCGGCGGGCCUGGCUCCGGCAGAGCCGCCACUGGCAGACCCAGGUCCUGGAGGAGGAGGCCGCAGCUGCCCUGCAAGAUGUCUCAGAUCCUGAGCCUGCCAGCCUGGAUGAUGUUUUCCAGGAAGGGAAUCCAGUCAACAAGAUUGAAGACUGGCUGCAGGAUUGUGGAUACUCUGAAGAAGGGUUUUUUGAGGAAACAGGACAGUCAAGCUACAAUGGGUGCCUCAGCCAUGGAACCAGCUUUGAAGAUGACUUGACCCUAGGAGCAGAGGCCACACUGUUGGCCACCAAUGGCAAAGUCUUCUCCAGGAGUUUCCUAGACCCAUCCCGGCCCUGGCAACUCCUCGAUCUUGGCUGCAGCUUGGCUUCCAGCAGCAUGACUGGUGGCACCAACAAGACUAGCUCAAGCAUCUCUGAGAUUCUGGACAAGGUGCAAGAAGAUGCAGAGGAUGUCCUCUUCAGUCUGGGCUUUGGCCAAGAGGACCACAAGGACACUUCACGGAUUCCUGCCCGAUUUUUCACCACCCCGUCUCAGGCCAAAGGCAUUGAUUUCCAGCUCUUCCUGAAGGCCCAGGUGCAGAGGAUAGAGAUGGAGGACCCUUGCCUCAUGCUGGCCAGCAGGUUUAAGCAGGUGCAAACACUGGCUGUCACUGCUGAUGCCUUCUUCUGUCUCUACUCCUAUGUGUCUAAGACACCUGUCCAAAAGUUCACACCCUCCCACAUGUUCUGGAAUUACAACCCAACUGAUGUGCCAUCCAUCAGGAUUCUGGCUCCAGAACCUGAACCUCACUCACCCAGAGAGCGCCUCCGGAAAGCCAUCUCCAAGAUGUGCCUGUAUACAAGCCCCAGAGAUCGGCUGUCACCAUCCCAUAAUAUCCCCAAAAGGAACAGUUUGGACCAAGUGGUGUGGGAAGUGAUGGACAGAGUGAGAGGAGAGAAGGUGGUCUUCCAGCAAGACCCUGGGUUUGGGCCAGGCUCAGAGGAAGAUCCUGUGCCACUCAUCAGGGAUGCAAAGCUGCCCACUUCUUCUGGCCCAUGUGCCCUUUGCCCCAAAGAGGAAACACAGCAGGAGUUGUCCCCAGUGCAAGCACCAUCACAAACUCUGGAUCCUAAACCAGAGGCAACCUGUUGCAUGCAUUCUCUGCCUGGAGCAGGUCUGCAGUGGAGCACAGACCCUGCACCUGUGAAGAGAGAGCUGUGGGGUCUACAAGCCACCAAUAAGGAAGUCCAUUUGGCCAAGGAUGAGACUUUCUGGAAAAGAAAGAGCAGAGCAAGAAAAAGCUUGUUUCAGAGGAAUCCCAUGAGCAGGACGGUUAAGUCAUUGAAACUGUCCAUCACCCAGCAGAGCCAAGAGCAACCAGCACUGCACCAAUCUCUAACCCAGCAGCUGCAGGACACUUGUGACUUAGAGGAGGUGCAAAGCCAGAGUGAGGAGGAAGAGAGCUGCUGGCCCAACAGUCCCAGACACCCCCACCUAUAUCAGACUUUUGCUGGCAAAGACUGGAGAAGUGGGUCUCUCUCUCUCCUUUCUUUCUCUCUCCCUCCUGCCCUCCCUCAGGCAGUGAGUCUUAAACCUGGCUACAUGUUAUAAUUACCCAGGAAGAUUUUUUUUUUAAAUACUCACAACAAAGGGUCCCACAUCCUGUGAUUCUUAUUUCAUUGAUAAGGCAUGGAAAUCAGUGCCUGAUUUUUUUUGUUUUUAAGCUCCUCAGAUGAUUCUAUUAUGGCUGAUUAGAUACUUCUCUAGAUCAGUGGUUCUCAGACUUUAGCCUCACCUGGAGGGCUUGCUAAAAUGCAAAUAUCUGGGCCCCAAAUCCCAGAGUUCCUGAUUGAGAAGCUCUGGGCAGGGCCCAAGAAGCUGCCUUUCUAACAGAUUCCCAGGUGAUGCUGAUGCUGCUGGUCUGGCAACCGUCUGAGAACUGUUCUAGGGUUCUAGAAAUGUAUAACCUUACUAUUCAAACUGUAGUCUGCAGGCCAGCAGCAUUAGCAUCACUUGGGAUUUUGUUAGUAAUGUGGAAUCUCAGACCCCACCUCAUAUUUAAGGUAUCACAAUUUUAUCAAGAUCCUAAGGUGAUUUGUUUGCAUGUUGAAGUUUGAGAAGUGCACUGCUAUAGUUGUUUUAACAGGUGAGAACCAACCAUAAAGAGCUUCAUCCCGGCUCCUCCUCAUAACUACAUUCUAAUCCGCCAACAUCACCACAUGGGGAAGACUCCAGGUAUCUCAGAGCCAUGCUCCUUUAGGCUCUGAGUUCCUUCUUGCAGUGAGGACCUGACAUCCAUAGCUCUCCUUCCCUGACAAGGGAACUCACAUAGGUGGUUACUGCAGCUAAAAUGUCGGAUUUCCUUUUGAUAUGAGCUUUGAGCAUUAACUGUAUCAGAGGUAUCCCUUAUACCUUUGAAUGUUUUGGCUAAAGAUUUGUUAUUUAAACUAAGUAUAAAUGAGGCUCCUAUAGUUUUUACCACCUAUCCCCUAGUACCACAGAGAAGAUGGCAUCAGGAAUGAAUGAAUGAAUGAAUGAAUGAAUGAAUAAAUAAAUAAAUAAAUAAAUAAAUAAAUAAAUAAAUAAAAACAAAUAUUCUAAGGUAGUAGAAAUUGAUAUCCUUCUUGAAUCAAGUCAAUGAGUCUUGCUUAGAGUUCCCUCUGUUUUGAAUGUCUUAGUUUAUUGCACUUCCUGGCCCAAAAGUUAUUUUGAGUCAAUACUCUAAAUUUGCAAUGUUAAUUGUCCAGCAUCACAAAAUCUUUAUACUUCUAGCUCUUUUAAUUUUAAUUCUCUAUGAUUUUAGGGCCCUAGUCACUCUUCUUUCUCUCUUGCUCAUUACUUUCAUCUCCAGGGAUAUAAAUUAUGUGUAUACAGUAGUCACUCACAAAAGAGGUAAAUAUCAGAAGGCAGCAAUAUAAUAUAUUGAAUAUAUAUAUAUAUUUGGGAAAAGUUUAGGAUAUGGAGUCAAAUGACCGACACUAUACUAAUUCUGUGAUUUUGCAAAAUUCACUUGACUUUAAUUUUAUCCUACAUAAUAGGAGAUGUAGAGUUUCAACACCUUACAGGGAGUGUGUGAAAGUAAUAUAACAUGUUAGAAUAAUAAUGGAUGUUGCUGCAGCUGCUGCUGAUUUUUAAAAAGGUAAUCAUGGGCAUAAAAUAUUUAGAUCAGUGAUUCUCAAUCCUACAAGAUUUUCUUGAAUUGCUCUUUUCUGGACUCCACUCAAUAGACUUAAAUACAAAUCUCUAAGGUUUGGACUUGGGCAUCAUUGUUUCUUCUCUUAAAACUUUCCUAUUGCUGCAUAACAAACCACCCAAAAUGCAGUGGUAUAAAGAAAACCUUGUUUCUUUUUUGUCACUAUUUUGUGGGUUUACUGGAAGGUUCUUCUGCUUGUCUCACCUGGGUUCCCUUAUACAGCUGUUUUUGGCUAUUUGGCUGGCCUGGACUGAAAGGUCAAAAAUGGACUCCCCCGCAUGUCUGGAACAUUGGUGAUGAGCAGCAGGGGGCUCCCUCUCCAUGUGUUGUGUCAUUCCUUGGCAGCCUGGCUUGUCUUAUGUGGAUGGUCAGCAAAAACUAAAACUGCAAUGCUUCCUUUUAAAGAUGUGUGGCAAGUUUCAUAAUGUCCCCCCUACCACAUUACUGGUUAAAUCAAGUCACAAGGCCAAUCGAGAUUCAAAGGGAAGGAAAACAGACUAUGUUUUAACAGAGUGGCAAGGUCACAGUGCAAAAAGCCAUGUUGAAUGGAAGGGUUGUUGUGCCAUCUUUAUAAACAGUCCAUCACAUUGACUCCGGUGCACCAUGAGGGUGAAGAAUAACUGCUUUAAUCAAAGGACUUUACCCUCGCAUAUUAAAGAUGCACUGAGGGUAAGCUUUCAUGCUACAGCUCAUUCAGACUCAGCCACAGUGUCUGAAUUUGAAAAGGAAAUUAACCGGUAGGCUUAUCAAAUUAAAAUAGAAAAUGUGGAAUAUGUCCCUACAGCUAGGUUUCUUUGCCAAUAACUUAAUUUACUCUAAAAUGCUAAGCUUUGCUCAAGUGUUAUUUGUCCAGCAGAUGUCAGCCUCGCACAAGAAUAUGCCAAGAUAUCCACCAAGGCAGGCUGGGUGCAGGACCUAUCAGGUUAUACUUUUCGGGGCAAUACCUGCAAUAUCCAGGACACCAGUUCCCCUCACACAACUGCCCCACCUUUGGCCAACUGUCAGUGUACAGAAAUAUUAGAACUGAAUUGCCAGGGAGAAAGUAUUGCUAGGAGCUAUAUAUUUCAGAUAAGGAACUAGAUUCCAUUUUCUGCCAGGGUUAUGGUAUCUCAGCACAGCACAAGAGAUUGUGGUUAGAGAUGGAUCACUACAUCAAAAAUUAAUGAUACAAAAAUUAAUGUAUUGUAUGGUGACUAAGAUAACAUAAUAAAAUUAAAUUUGGAAAAA